AUGGCGCAGCCUUUCUACUCGCCCGAUACAUCCGUUUCUUCGCACACGCUUUCCCUUGGCUCGGCCCCGCCGCCCCCAAUGGAGCUUCAACCCGCCGCGGCGACUGCGCCCACGAGCCUGCUCAACAACCCGCUCGCCUUCUUGCAGCCUACCCCUCAGCUGAAUGCAUCGUUCAUUGCAGCCGCAAAACAGUUUCUCGACCCUGUUGCUGCUGGGGUGAGCGAAUCGCAGUCGAAGCGACAGCAAGAAUUGCGCAAGAAGCGGAAGCGGGGCGGAGGCUAUGACGAUGACAUCAAUGUCUUACAUCUGAAGAAGGUGCAUGUGGAUGGAUUUGGGGUGGACCAGGUAUUUGAGCAGACGCGCAAAAUUGUCGAGGCGACGGCAGAAGAAAUCGAGCUUUCGCUGCCAGAAGGAGAUGGUGUUGUGCCGGAGAUCGAUGAUGAAGAAGACGGAGAACUUGAAGACCCAGAGGAAUACCAUACCGAGUCCGACAUUGGAGAGGAGGGCGUGGACUGGGAAUUCGACGGCAUAGACGACGACGAAGAUGCGAAACCAGAAGAUGACGAGUCGGAUGACGAAGAGGUUGACAUGGAAGAUGGCGAAGAGGGCAUAUUUUCCGACGAAGCAUCGGACGAUGAACCCGCAGAAACCUACCAACCUGAUCCACAUGGCCUCAACGACGGCUUCUUCUCUAUAGACGACUUCAACAAGCAAACCGACUUCCUUGAGCAGCAGGAUCAGAGAGGAGAGGGUGUGGACAGCGAUGACGAAGAUAUAAAUUGGGAAGCCGACCCAAUGGAAAGCGGUGGCGCCACGCUCAAGCCCAAUGCCAUGUCAGGAGACGCAUCCGAUGAUGAAUCCGAUGAGGGUGGACCAACCUUUGGCAAUGCAGACCUCAAUGCACCCGAGGGCGACAGCGGCGAUGAAGAUGAUCUCGAGGAGGGCGAUUUGGAUGGUCUUGAUGCAGGCAUGAACGCCAACAAUGUCAUGUACAAGGACUUCUUCGCACCCCCAGCGCAGAAAGCUGGAACGAACAAGAACAAAAAGAAGCGGGGGCGACCGAAUCCCCACAACUUCCCAGAGAAGCAGGCAGAAGAAGAGGAAGAGAUUGAGGAGGAUGUAGAGGGUACCAUGGCUAGGGUGCACAGAGACUUAUUCGAAGACGACGACGACGUGGAAAGCGAGGACGACCUUUCAGAUGUAGAUCCUUCAGAUCCCAAGUCGAGGCGGUCGACACACGAGCGCAGACAAGCCAAGAUAGCAGAGGAGAUAAGAAAACUAGAAGCAGCCAACGUUGCGAAGCGGCAAUGGCAGAUGUCUGGUGAGGCGCGCGCAGCCGAUCGACCAGUUAACUCGCUUCUCGAAGAAAACCUGGAGUUUGAACGGGCAGGCAAACCCGUGCCAAUUGUCACGCAAGAAACAUCAGAAGACAUCGAGGCGCUCAUCAAGCGACGCAUCCUAGCUGGAGAGUUUGACGAGAUACACCGCCGACGACCAGACGACCUUGCCACGGGCCCUCGCCGCGGUCGUUUCGAGCUGGACGACACCAAGUCCGGCAAAGGCCUAGCCGAGAUCUACGAGGAAGAGCACCUCCGACAGACAGACCCGAACUUUGUCGAGGCGAAAGACGAGAAGCUCAAAAAGGAGCACGACGAGAUCGCCGCCCUCUGGAAAAGCGUCUCCACCAAGCUCUUUGAAUACCGCCGUCGCCCCGCCAAAGUCAUGAUAGAAGACAAAACUAAGGAUAUAUAA